GGAUCCCCUAGAGUAUGGACCCCUAACAUGACAUUUUCUUGGAGGCGCCCGUUACUAGAGUGUAAAAGGUAGAGGACAAGCGGUCAUUAGAAGUUGUGUUAGGUUUAAUGGUUCGUUCUUUUAUUGGUCGACUAGGAAUGUAGGCCAUCCUCCCUCAAGAGUUGAGUUUGUUUAGUAGAGUUCCUAAUCUUUAGCAGCCAAGUUACAGGAGAUCAGGGGAACCCCUUAAGUACAUGACUUGGAGAGUCCCCUAGUACGGAUUGAGAACCGAGCAACAAGCUCUCAAAUUUGCAAAUUGAUCACAACACAAAGAAAAACGUGGCACUUAAAGGGUAAACCUAUAUGCCAAAGAAUCCAAAUUUUUUGUCACUCUAUAUCCCUGCACUCCGGUACACAAAUAAAUGCAUGAAUGAGUAGAUCAUCCAUAAAUCAAAGUAGGUAAUACAUAGUUUCACAUCAAUGGUGAUAGUGCAACUUUCUAAUUUCAGCAAUUUUAUACAGAAAGCCCAUUUUUGACAUCUAUGAGGCCAUAACCAGGUGAAUUUGUGAAAUUUAUGGUAGUGAUUAUGGAUCAUUCCGCUUGAGCCCUUAUCGAUAAUUUUUGUUUUACCACAAAUCUUCAUACGAUGAGCACCUAAUCAUAGCAACCUCACCUAAUCCAAAACAAACCAAAUAGUCGCAAAAAAAAAGUAAAUAACAAGCAACAACCCGCGAGAUAACCACAAUGUUUAAUGAGCUCUAUUGUGAUAGCAUCUUUUAGAAGUCACAACUCACAACCACCUACUCUUUAUCAGGUUAUCUUACUAGUUAGCCAUUUAACCCUAAUAAGAUCUAAUAAGUCGAAAACGUAGACAAAAAAAAAAGUACAGUGACCUUCCCCACUAUUCCCCUAAACAUUAAGCUGCGAACGGUAAAAAUUUCUGAAACCCUGAUUGCUCAAUCGCUGAAAAAAGAAGAACACAAUUCGCCUAACCCGGCGUCGCCUAUAUAUUUGAUAGCUUUCUGCGAAACACAAAUCCUAAACCCUCCCGAAUACCAGCCUGAAAAACCCUAGUUGGCUAGUUCCAUUCGUCGAGCUCCCUGCGAUUCAUAAGGAAAUGACUGGGGAGGCAGUGAAUCCGAAAGCCUACCCGCUGGCUGAUGCUCAGCUUUCCAUCACUAUUCUCGACCUGGUUCAGCAAGCUGCUAACUACAAGCAGCUCAAGAAGGGAGCAAAUGAAGCUACCAAGACACUGAAUAGGGGUAUCUCUGAGUUUGUUGUCAUGGCUGCGGAUACCGAGCCCCUUGAGAUUCUUCUGCACCUUCCGUUGCUUGCUGAGGAUAAGAAUGUCCCGUAUGUGUUUGUUCCUUCAAAGCAAGCACUUGGGAGAGCCUGCGGUGUCACGAGACCAGUCAUUGCUUGUUCCGUGACAACCAACGAAGGAAGCCAACUGAAAUCCCAGAUACAGCAGCUCAAGGAUGCCAUUGAGAAGCUGUUGAUCUAAGGGAAAGCAACUACUCAUAGAUAUCGGUGUGAUGGGCCUCUUGGAUCAUUUAUUUGGUCUCUCCGCGGAGUGAGGCUUUGACUGGAUGAAGUUGUGGCACUAGGGGGGGGGGGGGGGGGGAACACAAAAGCAUGUUUUGUUGUUUGACUUUUCUUAUCCUCUUUGUGUUAUUUAAAAGUGAGCAAAGUACAUUGAUAUGUAUUCCCCAGAACUUAAGUGGAACUGCUUUGUAUGCUAAAGAGUGAGCUGUUGUCUGCGCUACUAAAAUAUUAUGAUGAUGAAAUUUUGAGUUUUGGUUAUGAUCCUUGCAAUCUGAAUCCGCAGCUUUAAUCUCCUCUGAAUUUGCUCUGCUUUUGAAAGUUUGUAGUUAUUUUUCCUGAUUGUUUAGUAGGUUCGUGUGUUGUGGAUUAUAGAGGGGAUCCCAAUGGAACUAUGAAGGUUUCUAACCUCGGACAGUCAGUCCCUAAAAAAUACUGGGUAUGUGA